ACCUCAGAUUGGCCCUGUAUUGAUACCCGAAAUACAUACUCUUUUAGUACUCGUGGAAGAGCUGUCAACAUCCUCACUAGUUGUAUUGAAAUGUUAUCGAGCUUACGUGAGGAAAAUCCAGCAUUAACAGAACAAUUCAUUAAGCCUAUCAUUCCGCAAUGGUUGGAAGCAUUUAUUGUCAUCUUGAACCACCAUGUACAAGAUGAUCCUGAAAAAGCUACAGAAGAAUAUGGAUUGAAGAUGAUGGUCGUGAAAUGUAUCUGUACACUCAAUUCCGAAUUCCCCAAGUACAUAUCCGCCAGCUUACCCCGCAUCUUCGAACCGAUUUGGAUGGAUUUGUACAAUUUGCGCGAACGUUUUGCUGAAGAAUUUAUAAGUGAUUCAGGAGAUAUAGGAGAAACUUAUCAAGAUUCGGAGGGUAACGAGGUGGGCUUCCAAAACCUCCUAUACGUUUUGUUCGAAUUCAUCACAGCGGCCAGUAGUAAAAAAUCAGUCAAACAUUUGUUUGUGAGUCCUGAAGGAACUGCCACUGGCUUCUUCGAGCAAUUGUUGUACGUUUUUAUCAUUUACAUGCAGAUAACCCAGGAGCAGAUGGAUAUUUGGUCUGCUGAUGCCAAUCAGUAUGUGGCAGAUGAGGAAGAUGGAACUUACACAUUCAACACUCGUGUGGCCUCGAUUGAUGUUCUCAUUUCCUUACAAGAAACUUUCCCAGCACCCUUCUUCAACGCUUUGACGGCUGCUGUUCAACGACAUAUUGCUGAAUCUAAAGAAGCACGCGUUGCUAGAAACGGAAAUUGGUGGAAAAUUCAAGAAUCUUGUUUGUUAGCCAUUGGUCGCUUGUCAGAGGAAUUGACAGAAGUGUUGGCCGAUAAUAGUAAGAAUGUACAAUUUGACCUCAAGAGUCUUUUUGAUCAUGUCGUAUUGGAGGAUAUGCAGGCAGCAGAAUUACCAUUCUUGCAAGGUCGUGCAUUUGUUUUUGCUUCCGAGUUUGCAAAGGAUUUGCCACCUGAGAUGGCUAAUCAAUAUGUUGCUGUAGCUGUCAACGCACUUCAAGCUCCCGACAGCAAUAUUCCUGUCAAAAUUUCGGCUUUAAGAGCCUUGGCAAAUUAUUGUAAACAUUUGAAUGUCCAAGCUGUUGCACCCUAUCAAGCAAAUAUCAUGGAGGGCACAUGCCAGCUUUUACCCAGCGCUACUGAAGAAUCCUUGAUGCUAUUAUUGGACACGUUGGUUUCUGCUAUUAAGAUCAACGCCGAAGUGACAGCCAAAUAUGAGCAGAUUCUGACACCAGCUAUUCUUGAUGUUUGGCAAGCAUAUGCUGCUGAUCCUAUCAUUUCCAGCUGUAUUCUCGAUUUGUUUGAAGCAUUGGCUGAAAACACUUAUUAUUACCAUGCACUUUGUACACGCGCUCUUCCUUUCAUUAACCAAGUUUUCUCAACGCCCAAUACCGAUGUUGUUAUAUAUGCAUCUGCUAUUGACUUAUUAACUGCGACCAUUACUUAUGGUCCUUCUCCAUUACCAAAUGAUUUCACCGAACAAAUGUUUCCUAGCUUGAUGCAAUUAGUAUGGACCAACCCAGAUAUUGAUGUCUUACAAAGCGCUCAAGAAUGCUUGAAAAAAUUCAUUUCUAAAGAUAUAGAACAUAUCAUGAGAUGGCAAGAUCCAUCCGGAAAAUCUGGAUUGGAUUAUAUCAUUCACUUUAUUGCCAGGUUGUUGGAACCAACGGGCUCAGAUUCUGAUGCGCUGUUUGUUGGCGAUUUGAUUGUUAGCUUGAUUCAAAAGGCAGGCAAUGGCAUUGCACCAGUGUUGCCUGAUUUAUUGACAGCUGUACUUGGCCGCUUGAUGAACACCGACAAUCAGCCUUUCAUUCAAUCUCUUGUUAUGGUCUUCACACACUUAUUUAUUUCACAGCAAGAUACAGUCUUCCAAUUCCUUUGCGACUCACAAAUAAACGGAAGAAAUGGAUUGGAAAUUUUGAUGACUACAUGGUGCGAAAACUAUGACAGUUUCUCCGGUUACUAUACUAUUAAAGUCAGUGCUGUUGCUUUAUCUAAGAUCUUCUUGUCAAGCGAUCCCAGAUUGCAAAAUAUCACCGUCAAGGGUGAAAUAAUCGUCAACCCUAAUGGUGGAAUUGUUACACGUUCUCGAGCCAAGAGAAAUCCCGAUCAAUAUACAGCCAUCCCAUUACCUGCUAAAAUUAUCAAACUGUUAGUUGCAGAACUUACUAAUGCUCUCCAAAUGGAUCAAGCUCCAGCUGAGGACGUUGAAUCGAUACAAGAUGAUGAGGACGGUGACUGGGAAGAUGUAGACGAACCACCCUUCAGUGCUCGCAAUGACUUCAACCUUUUAUCAGAAAUGCUCAAUAACCUUGACGAAAAUGAUGAUGAGGAAGAUAACCCAGACUUGAAGAACGAUCCUAUUUACCAAACAGAUAUGAAGGUUUACUUGACAGAUUUCUUCCGCAACUGUAAUACACACAACAUCAAUAGCUUCCAUGAAAUCUGCCAAACACAAUUGAAUGAUGAGGAAAAGCAAACCCUCGAAUAUGUUCUUGUCAAUAAUUAAAUGAAUAAUCUGAUUUCUUAAUAUAAUAAUCAUCAAUAAAACAUAGUUGGAUUCAUUGACAGCUAUCAAAGUCAAUGAAUUCUGAGUCGCAUCCAAAUUCAAUCAAAUAGAAU